UCCCCUCGCGUGUAUUUUAUUCGGAUGUUUGUGAGGUGGAUGGAGGAGCAGCUCGCCGAGGAAGCCAUGAGGAGAGCGUCCGCGUCCCUCGGACGGAUCGCCGUCGGUAAAAGGAGACAAUAACCGGAGAUCCUUUUUUCUUUUUUGCUUCUUUCGUGGAGAAGAAAACGAUCCGUCGAUGAGGAAACAAAGAGGGACGAGAUGGUAGAGAAUGGCGGCACCUGACCUCCUUGACCCGAAGUCUGCCGCCCACAACUCCAAACCUCGCCUGUCAUUCUCCGUCAACCCGGUGGUGCUGAACACUCCAGAGGACGAGUGCGACGCCCGGACUAUUGUCAUGAGGUGGAAAACGGUGUCGGCCAUCUUCUUCUUGGUGGUGGUUUACCUCAUCAUCGGGGCGACGGUGUUCAGAGCGCUGGAGCAGCCUCACGAGAGCUCACAGAAACUGGCCAUUCUGGAACAAAAACUGGAAUUCCUGGCCAUGCAUGCCUGCGUGAACUCGUCUGAGCUGGAGGAUUUGGUGAAGCAAGUGUUUUCUGCAGUCCGAGCAGGUGUGAACCCUUCGGAAAACGCGUCCAAUCAGACGAGCCUCUGGGACAUCAGUUCUUCCUUUUUCUUUGCCGGGACUGUUAUCACCACCAUCGGAUUCGGGAACAUCUCUCCUCACACGGAAGGCGGGCGGAUCUUCUGUAUAAUCUACGCUGUGCUCGGGAUUCCCCUGUUUGGAUUCCUAUUGGCCGGCGUCGGGGACCAGCUGGGGACGAUUUUUGGGAAGGGGAUCGCCAAAGUAGAGAAGAUGAUUGUGAAGUGGAAGGUCAGCCAGACGAAGAUCCGCGUCACAUCCACGCUGAUCUUCAUCCUGUUUGGGUGCCUCAUCUUCGUGGCUCUGCCAGUCGUCAUCUUCAAGCACAUAGAGGGCUGGAGCACGCUGGAGUCCAUCUACUUCGUCGUCAUCACCCUCACCACCAUCGGCUUUGGGGACUUUGUCGCCGGUGAAAAAGGCGGGGCUGAGAAUCCGGAGUUCCUGAACUACUACAAGCCCGUGGUGUUGUUCUGGAUCCUGGUGGGCCUGGCGUACUUUGCCGCUGUGCUCAGUAUGAUCGGAGACUGGUUCCGGGUCAUCUCCAAGAAAACUAAAGAAGAGGUCGGCGAGUUUCGAGCCCACGCGGCCGAAUGGACGGCGAACGUGUCGGCGGAGUUCAAGGAGACCCGGCGGCGGCUCAGCGUCGACAUCUACGACAAGUUCCAGCGCGCCGCGUCCAUCAAGCGCAAGCUGUCGUCCGAGCUGGGAAUGAACCCGUCCCUCAACCAGGAGAUGACCCCCGGCAGGAGAGCCAUGUCCACCAGCCUGUGUGAGGACAGGGAGGCCUACCCCAACUUGACCCUGUCCCUCAGUCCCAUCUCGGGGCGCCUGGCCCGAAGCGGCAGCCUCUACCUGAACGGCCUCAGUCCGGACUACGCCGACCGGCGGGAGGUCGCCAUCAUCGAGCACCUGAAGUGAGCAGCGGCGCCGAGGACCUGCAAGGCAGCGCAGUGAAAUGCAUUCUGGAAGCGGACAGAGCUUUGAAAAAAAAAAAAUACCGCAAACACACUUUUUGGGCUUAUUGAUUGGCCGUCUGAUUUGGCUGCAGGCAUCGGUUGGGAAACCUUGAAAAAGGGGCCCAACCGCGGAUCAGCUGUCGAGACGCGUACUUGAUGUGAUAGUAGAUUUAAGAACUCGAAAGGAAACGGAAGGAUGUGCUCCUUCAUCCGGUUGUGUGGGGAGGCAAACAACUUCCUUUUUUUUUUCCAAAAGCGUCCAACCUGAUUGACAGCCGGAGGUGGAGCGAACGAUUGCACUCGAGAGACGUGGGUUCCUGGGAAACGCCCCCCGCGAUACGAAAGGCCCCCGAGUUGAGGUCGCCUCGGACCGGACUCCUGCCUGUAAGCACACAUGAACAAACGCAUUCCUCAAACUUAGCAAGUCAUAGAUGUGCUCAUCUCUCGUCAAAUUACCUUAGAAUCUGCAUCAGAUAAAGAGGAUCCAUAACAACACUCAACAACGAAUGCUUCUUCUUCAGCAGUACUGUGCUGACAUCAAUGAAUGUGGCUUUUUUUCCCCCUUCAGUUUAUGCUUCUUCCAGUAUGAAUUCAUACGCCUUUCAUUUGCCUGUCUGUCAGAGUGCCCUCGCUAAAGAGACGAAAGUUGCCUUUUUUUGUUGUUGUUGCUGCUCCACGACUGACAUUCAGCCCUUCACCCUGAGGAAUAACCCACUUGUGCCUUUCUGGAAAACCCCACGGAACAUGCGAGGAUGAUGAUGCAUGAAGAAUGGAGCUGUCCACUCAUGCUAGUUAAAUAUGAGCACAUUGGCAACAAAGGCGUUUUUAUUCAUCUCUUUUACGAGGAAUCCACGGUUUGCAUGGAUCUGUUUUCUUAAUAACUCGGACAAUGCCACUUUGGUCCGUCAUUGUGAUUCAUCCAUUUCCCGCCAGUCCCAACGUGCAGAAGAGUUAACCACACAGUGCCAGACUCACUGGUCCGACCUCCUUCUCCCUCAUACCAAAGCAAGAUCCCGUUUUUUCUCACUGAAGAACCGGAUCUUCGGUGUCAUCAAAGCAUCAGAAGUGCUUUCAUUUUUUUUUUUUUUUUUUAAAUUGUACUCCCUGUAUUUUUUUGCUCGUGAAAUUGAAAAAUGCCCCUCGAUGCGUCAGCACUGUGUUCUUUUCCAAGUGGAAAUGAAUCCUGGCAUGUGUGCUGCUGUAGCAAUGACAGCCCUGGGUGUGAGGCGCAUCCUCAGCUUACUGCCUUUAAGUCGCAGCUCGCAACACCACCUACAAAGUUCAGGAAUGUCUCUUUAGUCUCUUCAUUUUCAGGAGAUUUAUUGUCCUUUAUAACUCUAACUUGUCGAGACUUUUUGCCGGUUGCAUUGAUUCAAGCAAAUGCCUCUCUUUGGCUGAUUUGGCCGAAGAAUAAAGAUAAUGAGCAUGAUAGGAACGUAAUAGCAUGGUACACACCUCGCUUUGAUCAACGACACAGACUAUGGCGUUUUGUUCACGCUUUAAACCUUCCGGGUGGAAUGGUUUUGGAUAAAGUGUAUUAUAUAUUAUAUUCUCAAUACAUCUUUUAGUGCCAUUCAGUUUGUAGCAUUAACAUCUGUUAUAAAUAUGUCAGUGUGAAUACCAGCUGUAUGACAUAUGGGAUAUCGUGUGGAAAAGCUUUUUGCUCGAGGAACCAGUCGCACCAAAUCUUUCUAAGUUCAAGAACUUGGCCUAUACUUUACUACAUUUUAUUAUAUAUAAUAUAAAAUAGAUGAGGCCGAUGUUACGCGUUCAUGCGAGGAUCAUAAUGUAAGACGUUACCACAACUGCUAAAGAUUAUUUCUUAAUAAUAGUUUUAUUGCUCUCCUCCCAGCUGGCGGGUUCUUAUUGACAGAUUUUUUAAAAACAGUUUGUAAUGACGGCUUCCCAUCAUUUAACAAACCAUCUGGUGCGCCGGGUAAAAACAACUCAAUGCCAACACAGUUAGACUAAAAAACCAAACAAUGCCGGCUCAAUUAGCCUCAUCUGAUGCCCCCCCCCCCCCCCUCCCACAUUCUGAAAUGCCUUUACAUGCUAUUUAUUCUGAAAGACAUUAACCCUCAAAUGCAUGUAUACAUAAAGUACAUUUACAAGAGAUUGGUUUAAUAAAAGGCAUCACCUGUUUCCUAGUUUGCUUCUGUUCCUUUUCACUGCAAUGUAAGCUGAUAACAACGCAAAUAGGACGGUAAGGAUACAGGACACAUUUCACAUUCCUCAUAGUAUGAACCCAUAUGUACACGUGUUUUUUACUCAAUAGCAUUUAAACAUGGUAUGUCAACGUGCAAUGCACUGAAAGAAAGACUAAAGAAAAGGCGAGGUGCCCGGGGGGGGGGAAAGCGGUCCCAACCUUGAUGCAGCUGGCGGACGAUGUGAUUGACAGCGUCUGAGAGGCGAGAUGUCAGAGCUGAGGAAGUCAAGGAGUGUUGUCGAUGAAGCGUUAUGUAAGAUGUAAGGCACGUGUGAGCAAUACCCGUGCAUGGUUACAGUAUGCGUGUGUGUGUGUGUGUGUGGUGUGUGUGUG